AUGACUGGAGGCAAAUCUGGAGGCAAGGCUAGCGGCAGCAAGAACGCGCAAUCGCGUUCCUCCAAGGCUGGUCUCGCGUUCCCCGUCGGACGUGUCCACCGUCUUCUCCGCAAGGGUAACUACGCCCAGCGUGUUGGUGCUGGUGCCCCUGUCUAUCUUGCCGCCGUGCUUGAAUACCUUGCUGCUGAGAUUCUGGAGUUGGCCGGUAACGCCGCUCGCGACAACAAGAAGACUCGUAUCAUUCCCCGUCAUCUGCAGCUCGCCAUCCGCAACGAUGAGGAACUGAACAAGCUCCUCGGUCACGUCACCAUUGCACAGGGUGGUGUUCUGCCCAACAUCCACCAAAACCUUCUGCCCAAGAAGACCCCCAAGGCCGGCAAGGGUGGUGCUAGCCAGGAGCUGUGA